UGCCCUGGGGCUGGGGGGGAGGCGGCUGGGGGGGGGACUGGGCGGGGCGGCCCAGGACGCCUGGGUCUCUGCCCCUCCCAUUUGCUAGGCUUCCGUGGCUCCAUCCCCGGGAGGCCGGGCAGAGCUGGCAGAGGUCAGUGUCCUGGGCUCCAUGAUGCCAACCCUUUCUCUCUGGUGCUAUCCCCUUUCCAGCCAUUUGGGGAGACUGAGUUGUCUUUGGCCACGCUGUAUUCUGCCAGGCCGGUCUCUGGUACCUCCCAGGGUAGGCAGUGAGGGAGGUGGACACUCCCAGGACGUGGAGUGAUGGGGCAAGAGUAUACCAGAGGAGAAGGCACUGUCCCCUUUUCUUAGUUAACCUCCACCUGCAGGUCAACUCUGGCUUUCUCUGUCCUGUGGCCUAGGAGCAAACUGGUUUAACUAGUGGGGGGUUAUGAGGGUGCUGCGAAUUGGGUUCACAGACCUCCUCCCUCUCACUCUGCCUGCACUCAGUUCCAGGAGUUAAGACGCGUGGGUCUCUCGCUGCCAAUAUCGUCCCCACCUUUAGGCUUGGAUUUAGAGGGGGAGAGGCUGGCUGGGAGGAGGGCUGAAAGAACUUUAGGGAGGAGGGGGGAUGGGAGGAGCCUUGAGCUGGGUGUGAGGGAAAAAGCCCAGGCGAGGGUGUGUGUCUGGCUCAGCCAGCAAGGCCUGCCUGGCUGCCUGGUAGAUGCGCCACGAAUGUUGUUGACGCUGGGUCUCCAAAAGCCCAAAACCUGUGUCUAAUAGGGUCGUUCUCUGACUCCAAACAAACCGAGGCCGAAAGGCUCUCAAACCUAGAGAGGGAAACCAAUAGUUUGGUUUUAUACUACAAAGCACAGAGCUAGAGAAAAGUGAAGUCCUAUGCACAGAGCAGAAGCACUCCCACAGGGAUGGUCACGACUCCAGAAGAGGAGAAAGAUCAUUGGGCCAGGCACUGGCCCAAAGCACCAUCCCCAGCAACGCUCCCAGAGUGGCCAGCACCUGGGGAAUGGACCCCUGAAUCACAUCACAUUUUCCACCCUGGAAUUUACUCAGCUCUGGUCUUGCUGUCACCCUAGGGGCCAGGUAUCACCCUCCUGGGAAAGACCUUUUUUGGGUAGCCAUUAUCAGCUGAAGGAGAAGGGAGAAGAAGAGGCAUGCUGUGGCAAUCGCAGGAGACAGAGACGUCAUGGGGGAGGAGGGGGCGCAGACAAACUGCCUUUCACUCCAGGGCUGGGAAUAGGUACUCCAGGGUCCCGUCCCCAGGUGGCCUGACUGCUGUUGACUUUGCCGGUUACCCUGGGAGCAGCUAGCUCUUAGCAGUGUGGGAGGGGUGUGUGUUAGGGAGUUGGACCCUGGCAUUCAGGCUGGGGUGGGAUAGUGAGCUGCCUGUGUGGCAGGGAUCCUGCCAGGAGGCUGCAAAGUUAACCCCUCCUGCCCUGCCCUGGUGGCGGCUGGCGGAAGGAGGGGCGGGCCCAGUUGCGGUUUGGGAAUGUGGCCCUAAUCCCCCUCCCCACCCCACCCCAGCACAUCUGUAGUUGGUUUACAGUGAAUGAGUCUCCUGUCCUCAUGAACCCGGCCUGGGCACCAUUCCCUUCCUGCCCAGGCACUGGGACACAGACCCAGGCACCACCCUGCUCAGCUCUCUCCACUGGCUUUUCCUUUCACCUUCCUUACAGGACCUCAGGAUCUCAGGGACUUGAACCAGAGACCAAGCAUUGGAACUCUGAGACUUCAGCUUGGAGUAGUAGAUGGGGAUGGAGCAGUUAAUAGGAUUGGGGGGGGGGGGCAAAUAUGGGAGCACACCCAAGAGGACAGUAAGUCUUAAAUUCCAUUGUUUUCCUGUCCCCUUUUGUCUUCAUCUGUCCAUAUGUCUCUGUCUUUGUCUGUGGUGGGUGGUUUGUUCACUUAAUCCAUCCUGGUUAGUAUAACUAUUUCCUUGAGACUUCCUCGUUCCAGCCUAUGACUGGGGUGGGAAGUGGGGGCGAGACACUGUCCAAGAAUACUUGCCCUGUACCAACCUCUCUCAUCAAUAAUUGUCUCUGCCCCUCACCAAACUCAACCACUGGAAUUAUAUUCAGAAGCAGUUAGCCACAACAGGCAAGGCCUGGUGACAGAGGCCUUAAUCCCAGCUACUUGAGAGGCUGUAGCAUAAGGGAUCUCAUGAAAGUGGAGAGCUUGUGUACAGCAAAGGAGACCAGUAAUCAACCAAGUGGAGAGACAGCCACAGAUCAGCAGGAAAGUCUUGGCCAGCCGUACGUCUAGCAAGAGUAAUAGCUAGAGAAAGAACUCAGCAGUGAACGGGCUGAUGAAAUGAACAGACUGGUCUCGAAAGACAAAUACGAAUGGCCAAGAAACACUGGAAAAUAUGUUCAAACUCACCAGCAAUCAAAGAAACGCAAAUCCAGUGUGCAUUGAAAUCCCUUCCCACCCCCAUCUCCUUGGGGCAGGAGGGAGGGCUCAGCCGUUAAGAUCACUUGUUGCUCUUGCAGAGGACCUGGGUUCAGUUUCCAGCACCUCUGCCCUCUUAGGAUCUCCUUGUGGACCAGGAUUUGGGUGCACAUACAUACAUGCAGGCAAGACAUUCGUGUACAUAAAAUUAAGGAAAAAGAUGGCUGGCUAGGUCAGGUCUUUGGUACAGCUCUUGGCUAGCAAUAUAAAGUCCUAGGCUCAGGUCCCAGUAGUGUAAAAAAUUAGUAGUGUAAUAAAACAGUAGAUAGGGAGAGAAACCAAAGAGUUUAAAUGUUCCCCUCCCACCACUCCCCAACUUGCAACUGAGUCACAUUCUGUUUCUCUCCAUCCCAGCGGAGGGGGCUCUGCUCCCUAUUCCUUCCCCAGGGUUACGUCUGCUUCUAGGCUUGGCUUUGCUUAUGGGUGGUUUGCUUGCUCACUGUGACAGCUCAGAGAAGUGAUAUCCUGGGGGUCCCAGGAUCAUGCUUCCUCCUUUGCUGCUCUUGCUUUUUAAUACUUAUUUUAUGAGUGUGUGUGUGUGUGUGUGUGUGUGUGUGCGUGCGCGCGUGCGCGCGUGCGCGCAUGUAUGUACGAUGUGUAUCCAGUGACAGUGAAGGUCAGAAAAAGGUAUUGGGCAGCCAGGCAGUGGUGGCUAACCUGGUCUACAGAGCGAGUUCCAGGACAGCCAAGAAGGCAACACAGAGAAGCCCAGUCUUAGUUAAAAAAAGAAAGAAGAAUGAGGAGGAGGAGGAGGAAGAGGAGGAAGAGGAGGAAGAGGAGGAAGAGGAGGAAAAGAAGGCAGUGGCAUUUAAUCCCCUAGAACUAGGGUUACAGAGAGUUGUACGGGUGCUGGGAGCCAAACCCUGGUCCUCUGGAAGAGCCACAAGUAUGACCAACUGCUGAGCCACCCCUCCAGACCCCUUUACUCCUUGCAUAACAGAGCAAAGACCAAGAAGAACUGCAGGGAGAAGAGGACUCAGAAACCCCACUAGCUUCAAGACAUUGCCUAGGUCAUUUCCUCGGUCUGGGCCUGCAGGAUUGCCCCAUGCCACACUCAAAGGUUGCUGGCAGAUGUCGGUGGGGGCUGGGGGAAGCCGGAUUACAGUCCCUGAGGAUAUCAUUAAUGUGCAGGAGUACUGUAGGGGCUUGGAGACCGGGGCACCCGGGGAGACCAUGAUGAAAACAUGUUUUGUACUACACGUGUGCUUUCCUCGUCCUUCCUUACCUCCUUCGCCACCUCCUCCCUCCAGGUGUGCCCUGCGCCAAGGCUGGUGCUGGCUUUGCGCUUGGUGCUUAUUUGAUUUUACCCUUGCACCAGGUCUGUCUGUGCUUGCCAGCUCCUUGGCUCUGCUGAUGUGUAAGUUUGUAUGUAGAAGGUCUUAGCUAGCUCCAGGGCAGCCCAUGUAGAAUAGUGCCUUGGUUUUCGAACGAAACACUUUAUGUGUUCUGAGGAGCUCUUUCCCGACCCGAGCCAAGCCGUUUGUUAAUUUGGCAAAUUUGGAUUGAACAGACUGCGCACUAACCAGUAUGCUAAGCCCUGGGAAUAGUAUACACGGUCCCUGCCCUUGUUGGCUGAAGUCUGAUGGAGGUGUCAGGUGUUAACUAACCAGGCAAUCAGGAUGGAGAGGCGAUGCAGAAGGAUGUGUUUAUUUAUACCCAGCCAAGGGCAUCAGAAGAGCUUUCCGGGAAGAAGGGAAAGAGGAGGAUAAUGAAAGAAAAUGUUCAAAGGCCCCGGGGUUGAGGUCCUAGCUCUCACCCAUAUAACUCUGGAAAAAAAGAGGGGUUCCCUAUUCCUGUGCCCUUCCUGUGUCCAGUAUGCCCUAGGGAAAGAAUAGUAAGACCUUCCUCCUCAAGGUCAGAGCUAGCUCUAGGAUCCAGGCUGAUGCUGUGCCUGAAUGGAUCCAUUUACUCCUUCUCCUGUUCCAAACAGCAAAACUGAGACACAGAAAAGGGAAACAUUACAGGCUCGGGCUUGAGAUUACCAUGUUAAAGUCAAGGCUCCAAACUGGCAAAUUCUCCAGCAUGAAGAAUCUUGCAUUGCCUGGCUGGAGCCUCUUGGGGAGAAAGCUUUCUCCACCCUGUAUACUCCGCCCUCCUGCAGAUCCAGCCCUGACCUGCCCCACUCCCUGGAGCUAGCAUGUCUGCCUCCACAGUUGCUACAGUGUGUACGAGGUGAGCGCUCCAGGUGUCUGCCAGCAGCAUGUAGGCGGGGGCAGCUGUCUGUUUUGUACAGAACCUGCUUAGGGAGGGAGGAUCUUCCUUCUCCUCCAUCCAUUGCCCAGGUACCAAAGUUCUAAGGAUCGUCCUUCAAAUGUUGCUUUUUAAAUCAGUGCUUGAGAUGGGACCCAGGGCCUUGGAUGUGUUUAGCAAGUUUUUUUUUUUUUUUUUUUUUUUUUUUAACAGAGCUAUACCCCAGUUGCACAGAUUUUCCUUUCUGAAGAAAAGAAUGGAAGGCCGGCCCUUUGAAAGAGGGAAGCCAUGCUACCUCUGGAGGUGGCAUAGGUCAUAGGACCAAUGGGGUUAAGCACCAUCCCUGAUCUGACCUACUUUUCUACCUGUGCCCACAUCCCCUGAGGCCAGCGUGUUGGGUGGAGCCAGCCUGGCACCCCUGUACCCACACCUGGGACUUCCCCUGAUUGGAAAGCCCCAGGACCCAGGCCUCCUCCCUGCUCUGCCAACUCUCACCAACUGCCUGGGUUCUGCUCGCCUCCUGUCAGAUCUCCAUUACUACAUGUCAAACUACAUCUUGAUACCCAGACCAAGGGACCUCAACCCCAUGGAUCCACCCUUUAGGGCCUUCUUUGAUGCCUGGCUGCUCCCUAUCUGAAGAUUCUUGUGUGUAGAGGGGUAGGGUUCGAGACAGGAUUUCUCUGUGUAGCCCUGGCUGUCCUAGAGCUCAUGUAGACCAGGCUGGCUUUGAACUCACAGAGAUCCUUUUGCUUCUGCCUCCUGAGUGCCGGAGAAAGCCUGACUGAAGAAUUUUUUUUUUUGGAGAUGUGGGGCAAGGAAGAUAGGGCUUGCAGGAAGCUAUCCCUUGUUGAUCAUUUGCUCCGUGCCAGGCAUUGUGUAGGCAUGCAUGGUGUCUCAUGUAAUGCACACCAGUGUGAUCCAGAGAGUUUAUAGUUUAUCGUUCUCAUGUUAUAGAUGAGGGAGCUGAGAAGCAAAAGGGGCUGAAUGACUUGCCCAAUGUCACAUAGCUAGGACGUUGCUGAGGUGCAGUGACCAGAUAUUGGUAGUUCUGAGCUCUCUUGACCAUACCAGACUUUCUACGCCUCUUCUUUAGCUUCCCACUCCUCUCCAUGGGAGAAGACACAUUUACUGAGCAUCUUAUAUACAUACCCCAGGCACUUUGCCAAAAAUAAAGGGGUCACUAUCCUCAAGAUCUACGGGAGAGGAGUGUAUAAGGACCAGCAAAUGUCUAACCUCAGUAACCCAAGCUAGCCUUGAACUCGCUGUGUAGCUCAGAUGAGCUUGAAUUUCUGAUCCUGAAUGCAGAAUCGCAGACACACGGCACCUGUUUAUGUGCAGCUGGAGACCAGAAGGGAUCCAGGGCUUUAAAGAUGCCCACUGAGGAGCCUCCAACCCAGGAGAGUCAUUUUCUUUUUGUCUUGUGUGUGUGCCAGGUUGGGUGUGAACAUGUUGAGGGCAAGCUGGGCAAGGUGGUACAUAGUUGCCUGUGAGUUCAGUACUCGGGAGACAGAAGAGGAGGAGCAGGAAAUGAAGGUCAUGCUUGGCUGUGAGGUGAGUUUGAGGCUGGCCCGGAAUUCCUGAGACCAGGUCUCCAAAAGGGAAAAGAAAAGAAAUCUAGCAAAGGAUACAGGAGAGAUAGCUCAGUGGUCAAGAGCACAAACUGCUCUACCACAGGACCCAACACUGAGGUUAGGUGGCUCACAUUCGCCUGUAACCCCAGCUCGAGAGGAUCAGACGCCCUUUUCUGACUUAUCUGAGCAGCCACAGACAUGUCUGAGACAUUUACACACACACACACACACACACACACACACAUACAGUGUUUAAAAUGUCAGUGAAAAAUAAAACGGGGCUGAAGAGAUGGCUCAGCAGUUAAGAGCACUGACUGCCCUUCCAGAGGUCCUGAGUUCAAUUCCCAUCAACCACAUGGUGGCUCACAACCAUCUGUAAUGGGAUCCGAUGCCCUCUUCUGGUGUGUCUGAAGACAGCUACAGUGACCUCAAAUCUUAAAAAACAAACAAACAAGGCUGGUGAGAUGACUCAGUAGGUGAAGGUGCUUCCUGCCAAGUUCAGAGCCUUAGUUCUAUCCCUAGACCCACAUUGUAGAAGGAGAGAACUAACCAGCUACCUGACAUUUGUAAUAAUUAUACACAAGGGCUUUCCUUUAUUACUGUUUAUUUUGGUGUACCAUGGUUUGUUUACAUGACUGUCUGCUUAUGUGUGAAGUCUUGCAUAUGCACGUGUGUGUGCAAGUGUCUGUGUAUGCAUGUGUGUGUGCAAGUGUAUACAUGCAUGUGUAUAUACAAGUGUUUAUCUGUGCAUGUGCGUGUGUGUGCACAUGUGUGCAGGCGUGUAGGUGCAUGUGCAUGUGCAUGUGUGUGCGCCUUGGGUGUCGUUCAUCAGGAAUCAUCUGCUCCAUUUUAUUUGUUUGUUCCCUUUCUAAAGAUUUCAUUUGUUUUUGAGUUAUGUCUGAGUGUUUUCCUGCUCUUACAUAAGUAUACUACAUUCAUGCAUUGCCUUUAGUGGCCAGAAGGGGUAAUCUGAUCCCCUGGAACCAGAAUUCAGCCGGUUGUCCUCUAACAUGUGGGUAUCAGGAACUGAACCCAUGGCCUCUGCAAAGGGUGAGAUGAUUCUUAGUUUCCGAGCCAUCUCUUCACCACCAUUCUGUGCUGUUUUUAUUUUGUUUUUUUCAAGACAGGGUUUCUCUGUGUCAUUCUGCCUGUCCUGAACUCACUCUGUAGACCAGGCUGGCCAUGAACUCAGAGAUUUGCCUGCCUCUGCCUCCUAAGAGCUGGAAUUAAAGGUGCGUACCACCACCCAGCUCCCAGUCUGUGUUUUUAAAACAGAGUCUCAGGCUGGAGAGAUGGCUCUUCCAGAGGUCCUGAGUUCAAUUCCCAGCAACCACAUGGUGGCUCACAACCAUCUGUAAUGAGAUCUGGUGCCCUCUUCUAACCCAAAGGCAUUCAUGCAGGCAGAACACUGUAUACAUAAUAAAUAAAUAAAUCUUUAAAAAAAAUUUAAAAAAAAGUCUCUCAGUGGCCGAGAGCUUACCAAGUAGACCAAGUUGGCUGGCCAGUGCCUCCCCAGUAUGGAGUCUUAAGCAAACACCACAUCAUGGGGAUGGAGCCCAGGCCUUUAUGCUCCCAUGGCAAACCUUUGACUGAGUGAGCCAGCUCCUCAACCUUCCUUUUUCAUUUGUUCUACUUUAGCACCCAUAUGUGAUUCCCUAAAAAACUUGAUUUUGUCUUUUUCCCCUACUGUGUGUGUGGUCCGGGCUAGCCUCAAACUCAUACAAUAUCCAGAGUCAGUUUCUCAAAGGGAGGUGUCACAUAGCAUUACACUUGCAAUCUUGGCCUGGCCUCCACUUCCCUCGAUUUUAGGCUUUUAUAAUAGAAUGAUAUUGCAACUAUUUUCUGUUUUUCUGUGAGAUGUGUCUGUACAGAAUUGCCAUUUUUGUUGCAAAGCCCUUCAUUCCUACGUCGCAAUGCACCCCUUCAUCCUGGUGGUCAUAGAUCUGGAAGGUGAUUCAGUUUAGACCAUUGCAAACACCACAUCUCUGCAUAAUCUUUUUCUCUCUUUUUAUGCAUAUAAGGUGGUUUGUCUGCAUGUAUGGGCACCACAUGUGUGCCUGGCAUCCACAGAGGCCAGGAGAGGGUGUCAGAGCCCCCCUGGGAUGGGAGUUACAGACAGUUGUGAGCCCCUCUUUGAGCGCAAGGAACUGAAUCCAGGUCCUCUGGGAGAGCAGCCAGUGUCCUUAACCUCUAAGCUGUCUCUCCGGUCCAGCUUGAACAUCACAGUUCCUCGAGAAAAAUCAAACUAUAUAUUCAAUUUUCCUUUUCUGUUGGCGUUGGUUUUAGUUUAGUUUUGUUUGACACAGGGUCUUGGAUAUGUAGCCCAAACAGGCUUUGAACAGGGAUUGUGUACCCCUGCCUCAGCUCCCUAGCACUGAGAUUACAAGUUUGUGUCAUCAUAUCCUUCAGUUUCAGUUGUAACUGACGAUGUUGUUUACCAGACAGUUAUACUAGGUCAAGUGUGUUAGCAUUCUGUCUAAGCUCCACCCCCACAGUUACCUGGCAAUAGCGGGGUAUGCCUGACACUAUAAAAGGGGCUGCUUGAUCCCUCCUCACCUCACUCUCUUGCUUCUUGUUCUCUCUUGCUCUUGCCUACCCCCCUCCCCAUUCCCUUCCCCCUCUCUCUCCUUGUGCUCAUGACUGGCCUCUACUCCUCUAUUUCUCUCUCUCACUCUCUCUCUCUCUCUCUCUCUCUCUCUCUCUCUCUCACACACACACACACACACACACACACACACACAUGCGCACACUUUCUCUGUUCCUACUACCCUCUUAACUCCCCUCCCCAUGUCCUGAAAUACACUCAAUUUAUUCUGUACUAUACCAUCCUUUCAUCCUGUGGCUGGUCCCUCAGAGAGAAGGGAUGCCUCAGCAUGCCCCACCUUCCCCCACACCUCCAUAGAACAUAUUCUCACUUUCUUUAUCUUUUUAUAAAUGCAUCAAAGCUAGCACCUAUAAUCUCGGAACUGGGGAGGUCAAAACAGGGGGUUCAAAAGUUCAAGUUACUGGCUACAUAAUAAAUUUGAAGCAGCCAGCUAAGCUACAGAAGACUCCCGAGCUCAAAAAACAAAAACAAGCUAAAAAACAAAAAAACAAAAAAACAAAAAAAAAAAACCCCAACAACAACAUAGGUAACAAUAAGUUCUGACAGGGUCAAGAAUAGCAACAAGAAACCCCACAGGCUUUUGUUAUCGCCAACCAUCUGUGGUGAUUCUUAUUCUUGAAUAAGAUCCAAGUUCCCUGGGAGUUGGUGGUGCCCGCCUUCAAUCCCAGCACCCGGGAGGCAGAGGCAGGUGGAUCUCUGGAUUCCAGGCUAGCGCCAGGGCUGUCACACAGAGAAACCCUGUCUUGAAAGACAAACAUCCAGAGUUGGGGAUUUAGCUCAGCGGUAGAGCGCUUGCCUAGCAAGCGCAAGGCCCUGGGUUCAGUCCCCAGCUCCGGAAAAAAAAAAAAAAAAAAAAGGAAAAAGAAAGACAAACAUCCAAAUCCCUAACUUGGCUCACAAGCCCUGCUCCGUAGAGCCUCUACCUUGAUCUCUGACCUGUGUCGUAAUGAGUCUUGUCUCCGCUCAUGGCAGUCUGUGGAAUGCUCUUGCACUAGAAAUUUCCAUGGCUUGUUCUCUCCGUUCAAGUCUUUCCCUGAAGCUGUCUUUCAUUAACAUCCUAGUCUUCAGUAGUCAGGGUUCUUCCCUGCCCUUCCGGGCUCCCUUCUCCUCUACUUGUCACUUUGUUUCACUUGUUGUUGGGAGGUCACCCCACCCACACCACAGCACACAUGUGAAGUUGGCAGGAGUUGGUUCUCUCCUUCCACGGUGUGGGGCUUCGUGACCAGUGCCAGGUUACCCGGCUUGCAGACAAGAACGUUCCUGGAUAGACCAUCUCUCCAGCUUCUCUUCCUUUUAUUUAUGUUUAAUCUGUAGACUUGUUUGUUUUUGUUUUAUGCAUAGGAGUGGUCUGCUUUCGUGUCUAAGUGUGCAGCACAGGCAUAUCUAGUACGCACGUGGGUCAGAAGAGGGCAUCGGAUCCCCUAGUCCUGGAGUUACAGAUGCUCGUGAGCCUGUGGGUGCUGGGAUCUGGACCCAGUCCCCUUAAAAGAGCAGCGAGUGCUUGUAAUUGAUAACCUGUGUCUUCUGCUUGCUCCCCUUUUUUAGUAUGGUACUGUGUGGUUGCUGGGAAUUGAACUCAGGACCUCUGGAAGAGCAGCCAUUGCUCUUAACCUCUGAGCCUGAACCUCUCAGGCCCAGGUUCCCUUGUUGCUAACUUUGUUUUUUGUUUUUUUUUUUUUUCUUUUUUUCCUUAACUGGUUAUUUGGGUUCAUUCGGCCUCAGACAACUCCCCCUUUUCUGCCAGGGCUUGAAAAUUUGCCCCGAAUCCUUAAGGAGUAUCCUAAGUACUGGGUGCUGCCCGGAUUCCCCUCUUCAAACAGCCUUUUAUCCGAUGACCCUGUAAUGAUGAACACAGCCACUCAAGCUCUGAAAUACUGACUUAUCUACCCACUGGGUUUCUGUCCCCACCCUGCCCUACUCCUCACAUUAAGGGCCCUUUUGAAGAGAGGAAAGCCGGCUGUCUAGCUCACUCCUGCAGCCAGCGCCUAUGCAUAAUAAACCAGCAAAUAAUAGUUGUCCGGGCCAGCUGUUGGUUUCCCCGUAGACAGCCAGGCACCCCCAUACCCACACUGGGACUCACUCUCUCAGAAACUCUCAGUACCCAGGGACCCCAAGACUCCUACCAUCUCCCAGCAACAUCCCAGACUCAGUGUCCUGGAGUGCUUCUAUUGCUGCUGCCUCACCGAGCCCCUCUGGGAACUUUUGGAGAACCUUGAGGUCUUAGUUCUGGCCAUCAGGCUUGGAGAGACUCAGGCAGGUAUCAGGGCUUAGAAUUGCUAGAAGUACCUUAGGAUUGAAUAGUGGGAGGUAAGACUUGAGAAAGGUAAGACCAGUCUAAGACAGGAAAGGUAUUCCAGGCAGAAGGAUUAGUGUGAGUGACUGCAGACCACCGGAAGGGCAGUGCGGGUCCUGAUCUGGCCCAGGUAAAGGAAAGAAGGGAGGGUCGAUGAACGUAUUGUCAGGCACGUCUGGAAGAGAAUGGCCAGGUGGGGAGGUCUGAGCUCCCUGCAGGAUCAGCGAGGCUCAGAGUGUCUUAGGCUUAAUCCUUCCCCCGCCCCCCAGCCCCGCCCUCCCCCCAACUCACACAUUGCACCCUCAGGUUUCACCCAGCCCUCCCUUCCACCCAGCCCCCAAAGCAGCCUCCUGCAGCCAAAUGGACUUCUCUCUGGGCCUUCGAUUGGGGCCUCAGAAUAAGAAGGCUAUUUACCAGGAGCCGCCUCCAUCCUCUGUGCGUGGACCCCCAACUACCUCUCCCUGCUUGUCCUGUCCCCCUUCCGCUUGUGCCUGCCCCUGUCCCAGCUGCCCCCCUCCCCCAUGCUCCUGCACUGCUUGUCCCUCAGACGCUGCUGCUACCUGCCCUUCCUGUCCAGGCCUCCCUGGCCCACCCUGCACGUGUUCCUGCCCUCCUUGCCCUGCCUGUCCUCCUUCAACGUGUCCGCAUACCUACUGCGUCCUCUGCUCCAGCCCAUCUACGACCUGCUGCCGCCCUUCGCCUUGCCCUACUUACUCUUGUUCCGGGGGCCACUGCCUGUCGACCACUGCCUGUCGGAGCUCCCGCUUGGGCUGCAGUAGCAGCUGCAGCUGUGGCCGUGGUGUUGCAUGGGGGCCUCGGGGCUCCACGGGCUGCUGUAGUGUCUGCUUCAGGAGACAGAGGGCUGCUUCUCGAGGGCUCUGUCAGAUAAUCUAGGCUGAGAGGUUGUGUCCUGCGAAAGGUGGUUCAGCUGGCCCUGGGGCUAGAGCCUGGAUGUAAUCAGGCGGGCCCUUAACUUAAGGGGGUCAGGGGACCACUCCGUGGACAUUUAUUUGCUUCUGGAUGUUUGAUUCUGCUGGUUCCAAAACCUGCUCCUCCUGGAAAGCAUCCUCAGAACCUUCCUUGCAGCUCUUUAAAGGUAAGCAUGUCUAUGUUCCUCUCCACUCAGACUCCAGUGGAGACCUUGUGCGGUCCACAAGGGAACACGGGGUGGGGAAGCUCUUGGUUCAGAAGUCACUUCUGACUCUAGAAUCCAUCCCCACUCCUGAUGGUCUCUGGCCUCCUAACCUCUAAAUCGUAAGCCAGACAAAGCAGCCCCUCAGACUAGAAGAGAUGAUUGAGCCAAGGGCUCUUGGUUUCUCCGUCCCCUGGGAUAGCUUGACAUCCUUUCUGGUCUUUUGUGUCCAUCCAGGAACCUUCUGCCCACCCGGAUGUGGAUGUUUUGUGUUGGAAAUUUCUAAGCAUUCACUUAGCCUCAUGACCUCAAUCUGACAGCACUAAUGCUGUCUGUCCCUGUCUGAUCAUCUGUCUUGGGGAAGAGGGGAACUGGUGACCCUCCCCUCAGGCUCUCAGGGGUCCUACCCACACAUCACACACCAGUGGUUGUAAGUUCCCUGUCGGGGUGGAGGUGAAAGAUUCAAAAGCCACCAAGAGAGGUGGCUUCGUUAAUUUUUUUUGUUUGUUUGUUUUUGUUUUCUUCUGGAGCUGAGGACAGAGCCAGGACAGAACCUCAUGCUUGUUAGGCAAGAAUUCUACCACUGAGAGAUGGCUUAGUGGUUAAGAGCAUGGACUGCUCUCCCAGAGGUCCUGAGUUCAAUUCCCAGCACCCACCUAGCAGUUCACAACUCUCUCUAAUGGGAUCUGAGGAUUUCUGGUGUAUCUACAGUGUACUCAUAUACAUUAAAUAAGUCUUUAAACCUCUACCACUGAGCUAAACCUCAACCCUGAGACAGAGUUUCAUAUAGCCUUAUAAAUUUACAAUAUAGACAAGUUUGGCCUUAAAUUCCUAUUCUUCCUGCUUCUACUUCUCAAGGGUUGGGAUCACAAGUAUGUACCACCACACCUAACUCUCUCUCCCCUUGGUCUUUUAAUUUACUACAUUCCUCAGUUCCUCCCCCUUCUCCUCUUGGUUACAUUUUAUUUACUUUGUGUGUAUGUGUGUGGGCACUGGCCCGCCACAGUGGAAGACGGAUGACAACUUCCCGGAGUCAGGUCUCUCCUUCCACCGCAUAGGAAUUAAAUGAACGUUCAGCAGCAGGUGUUGUGCCAACUUGCCAGGCCCAGUCUCUGUUUUUCCUCCUUCUGAGUUUCUUUUUCUCUUUUUCACUUCUUCUUCUUCUCCUUCUUCUUCUUCUUCUUCUUCUUCUUCUUCUUCUUCUUCUUCUUCUUCUUCUUCUUCUUCUUCUUCUUCUUCUUCUUCUUCUUCUUCUUCCUCUUCUUCUUCUUUUUGCUUUUUGACAGACUCUUACUCCGUGCUGGCCUCAAACUCUUAUUCCGCCACAGCCUGGGGUGUUAGAUGCGUACCACAGUGCCUAGCUGAUUCACGGAGAACUUUACAGUGGAAGAAGCAUGAUGUCCGCUAACGAAGCUUAGCAUCACUAAAUGUGACAGAGCCAGGCACGGACACCGUUUGCCUGCGGUCAUGAUGGAUGCAGUCUGAGGCCUGUAGCACUGCCUAGGAAAGAUGCUGGCUGAAGAAGCAAACAAUCCUCUCAACGUGAAUUAGAUCAAACCCUCAACGCUGUCUCGUGUGUGUGUGUGUGUGUGUGUGUACACAUGCAGGAGUGUUCAUGAGUGUUCAUGAGUGUGGCGCGUGUAUAUCCUGUGCAUAUGCAGGACUUCAUGGAGAUCAACCCUGGUUUUGUUCCUCAGAGCAUGGUCCACCUUAUUUUUAUUUUUAUUUUUCAACAUAGGCUCUCAGUAGAUCCUGUCUUUUCAUCCUCGGCUCUGAAAUUACACUCUUGUCCUCAUCACCAUGCCCACAGUUUUUAUGAGGAUUAAGCUCAUAUCAAGUUUGUAUGUCACGCAAGUGCUUUACUACCUGAACUGACUCCUCAGCCCCCCCCUUUUAAAGAUUUAUUUAUGAGUACACUGUCACUUUCUUCAGACACACCAGAAGAGGGCAUCGGAUCCUGCUACAGAUGGUUGUGAGCCACCAUGUGGUUGCUGGGAAUUGAACUGGGAACCUCCGGAAGAGCGGUCAGUGCUCUUAACCACUGAGCCAUCUCACCAGCCUCCCUCAGCCCCUUUUAUUUAAUGAGAAAUGCAGGAGAUAGAGAAACAUAAAUGACACAAGGAAGUAGGUAGACUCCUCCGGUAAAAUGUGGGCGACGUUGAAGAGAAUCUGACCCAGUUACCUAAAUAAGUCAUCGGCUGUGGGGGAAAGGAGAAGGAGCUUAAAACACAGAUACAGAGCUGAGAAUAUACCUCAGUAACAGAGCCCAUAUGCAGGCUGCACAAAGCCUGAGGGUGUGAGGAUGUGGUCGACAACACGGAACAUAGGGAUCUCUUUUCCUUCAAGACUAGGGGAUGCCAACUAUAAAGAUAUUUAGAAGCUGAGGGCUGGAGAGAUGGCUCAGCAGUUAAGAGCACUGACUGCUCUUCCAGAGGUCCUGAGUUCAAUUCUUAGCCACCACAUGGUGGCUCAUGAUCACCUGUAAUGGGCAUCUGAUGCCCUCUUCUGGUGUGUCUGAAGACAGCGGUGACAGUGUAUCCACAUACAUGAAAGAAAGAAAUCUUUAAGGAAAAAAAAAAGAGGUUGAGAACAUUUAACUGUAGACUAGGUUUUAGUUUUUGGUUAUAUAGCCCUGGAUGGUCUGGAACUUGCUACAUAGAGCUAGCUGGUCUUGAACUCACAGUGACCCAUCUGCCUCUGCCUUUCCAGUGCUAAGGGUAAAUGUGUGUGUCAUCAUUACCAGCUUGGGUGCUAUAGCUUUAAAUUUUACUUAACAUUUCCCUAUGUAGUGUAUGUGCUCCUGUGUGCGUGUGCGUGUGUGUGUGUGUGUGCAUGUAUGUGGACUCCUGAAUAUGCACAUGCACACACCAUGCAUGUCGAGGUCAAAGGAUACUUUUCAAGUCUGUUCUUUACCUCCCCAAAGUGGGUCUCAGGGAAUUAAACUGGUGGUGAGCAGUCAGCUCUCUGGGCCAUCCUCCUGGCCCUGGACUGAGUUUUUGCGAUCCAGGGAGCCAGUGCUAAUUUUGUUAGAUGUAAAUGUGGCUUUGGGGUUGUUAGUGAAACAGCCUACUUGGUUUGAAUGUCUGAAUGGGGAGGGCAGAAGUGAGAGCCACAGACUGUAUCAUUGUUGGAUUAAAUGCGAAUGGAGUUGUAAACAUUUUAAUAAUAAAAUACUAAACAAACUCCUCUGGUAACUUUGGCUUCAGCAACACUCCAAGCACUUCUUCCCUGAAAGCUAGGACUUCCUCGUGGCUUCUUGCACACAGAUCCCAGCUACUGGAGAUAAACUGAAUGGACAGAGCCCUCUAGUCACUUGCUGGCAAGCUUUCAUACAAGAUCUUUCCCAGUUGUACCUCAGAGUCCAAGGGGUCAUAGCAGCCUUAAGAGUAUACGUAUUCUGAAUGGAUCCUACAAUAAUACAAAACAGCACAGGGUCUAGAGGGAUUGCACAUGGGUAAGAGUGGACACUGCUCUCACAGAGAGCCCAUAUUGGGUCAUCUGCAUCCACAGGGCAGUUCACAACCUCCUGAAACCCGUAUUCUACAUGUUUCAACGCCCUCUUCUGGUCUCUGAGGGAACCAUGAUCACAUAGUGAGUCUAUAAACAUGUCAGAAGGCAAACACUCAGACAGGUAAAAUCAGAAUAAAGAAAUCUUUGGAGUUCUGCUGUUGCUUUGGUUUUUUUUUUGUUGUUUGAGACAGGGUUUCUCUGUGUGGCCCUGUCUGUCCUGAAACUCACUCUGCAGACCAGGCUGACCUCAAACUCACAGAGAUCGGCCUGCCUCUGUCUCCUGAGUGCUGGCAUUAAAGGCAUGUGCCACCAUUGCUGAGCUUCUCCAAGGUUUUAAAUAGACAAAAGUCAACAUUUACACAUAGUUUAUACAGCUACUGUACCCAUUCCAUUUCCCUGGGAACUGUGGGAGGACAGGAUUGUAGUCUUAAUUCCUGUUUUACCUCUUACCAUGGAAUGCUGGAUAAACUUCUUCAACCCUGUGAGCUAAUAGCACCUACCUUAUGAAUUAUUUUAACAGUUAAAUGCCAUCCAUUGUAGUUGGCCAAAAAAAUUUUUUUUAAAGUGAGGGAUCAAAGGCUCUCAUUCAUGGUAGGCAAAUGUUCUAUUGAUGAUCUACAGAAUCCAUGGGUGAGAUUAUAAAAGGCAUGUGGCUCCGGUGGGUGUGAAGUAUGUCUGGGCUUCCAACAACUGUAGCUGUUGUGUUUGACGUGGGGACAUCUCCACAACCGAGUAAAAGGUAAAUGGAAUGAUAUUCGUAAACCUGCAUUUGUUUUCUUUCUUUUUAACAACCCUGACCCAUUUGUCAUACCUCCUUUUAUAGAACAUGUAACAUGAAAUUGUGGAUUUGAUUUUAAGAAAGAUAGAAAAAGCUGGGCAGUGUGGGCACACGGCUUUGAUCUCAACACCCGGGAGGCAGAGAGGCAGGUGGAUCUCUAGGAAUUCAAGAACAGCCUGGUCUACCUUGUGAGUUCCAGGACAGCCAGAGCUACACAGUAAAACCCCUGAAUAGAUGGCUCAGUGGUUAAGAGCAAUGACUGCUCUUCCAGAGGUCCUGAGUUCAACUCCCAGCAACCACAUGAUGGCUCACAAUCACCUGUUAUGGGAUCUGAUGCCCCCUUCUGGUGUGUCUAAAGACAGCUAUAGUGUACUUAUAUAUAAUAAAUAAAUCUUUAAAAAGAAAUCCAGACCAGCAGAUGGUGUUAAGUGCUAUGGAGAAAACAUAGCACAUAGAAAAAGACAGAGAAGGAAAGAGAGCAGGACACUAAGCCUGGUGGUGCAUCUAGGAAAGCCAAGCACUUGGGAAGUAGAGGCAUGAAGGUCAGGAGUUCAAGGUUACUUUUGGCUACAUACUGGGUUGAAGACCAGACUGGGCAACCCAAGACCUAGUCUAUAAAAAAUAAAUAACCCCCAAAAAGGGCCUAGGGAUGUGGGCCAGUUGAUAAAGUUCUUCUCUAGCAAGGCUCAGCACUCCGCCUCCUAAGACUCAAAUCAGGCUACAAACACUAAGCCUGCAGAUUCAUGAGACCCCAUGCCCCAGACAAAGGAGUACCAGGGUUUGGUUCUUUUUUUUUUUUGGUUCUUUUUUUCGGAGCUGGGGACCGAACCCAGGGCCUUGCGCUUCCUAGGUAAGCGCUCUACCACUGAGCUAAAUCCCCAGCCCCCAGGGUUUGGUUCUUAGCACACACAUGACUUUUCUUUUCACAAUUGUCUGUAACUUUAGUGUCAGGUGAUCUGACACUAGGCACUCACAUGAUACACAGACAUAUAGGAAGGCAAAACAGUUACAUAUGUAAAACAGAUUUAAAAUAAAAUUGAGGGAAUUCUUUCCCUCCCCACCUCUCCAAAAAAUACUUUUUUUUUUUGUGAAAAAGAGAGUGUCUAAAAAAUAUUUCUUAGGAUCUUUGUUUGCUUGUUUUUUUAAAUUUUAAUUUAUAAAUUUAAAGAUUUAUUUUAUUUCAACACUUACUAUUUUAUGGGCACGGGUGUGUGCCUAAGUGACUAUACUCACACCACUUUCACACAGGUGCUCUCAGAAGUCAGAAGAGGUCAGUCAGAUUCCCUGGAGGAGCUGUGGUUACAAACAAUUGUGAAAACUACUCUGCAUAUUACUCUGCACAAGCAGCAUCAAGUGCUCUUAACCGCUGAGCCAUCUCUCCAGUUGGAAGUCCUCUCUAAUAACAUGAUGUCUGGACAGAAAAUUGGAGGAGUAAAGAAGGUAACUAUCUUGUGGAAGGAACUUGCAGGAAGCAGUGUGCAAAGGCCCAGGUGGGAGCCAGUGUAGACAGAGGAGACCUCGUGGUAAAAGAUGAAGUCAUGGACGUAGCAAAAAGCCUCCGGACAGAUGCAUUUGUACACAGAUUUUGGCUUCUAUCCUUAGUGAAAAGGGAAGCCAUUGCAGGGUUUCCAAGACAUAAUAUUGGAUAUUGAAACUUAACAUUCCAAGAUAAAGCAGAUCCUAGGUAGCAGGAGGUGGGAGUCGAACUCCAGGGCUGAAGUUUUGAACUCUAAAGCUGCCAUUGAUCCUUAAGCUUUCUUCAUUUGGGCACUGCUCCCCUGAUUUCACACAGAGAAAGUGGUCAGGUAAGAUUGCUACCUCAAUCUAUGUGCAGCAGGACUCCGGCUUUACACCACAUCGCCUCCCUCAGGUGUCUGGACAAUACUGACUGCUGGUCCGGAGGUCAGGGGAGCCUCGAUUUAGGACAGUGGAGUUCAUUAGCAAACGGUACCCGCUGGCUCGGAGGGACUGCUGGCACCUUUCCGAGGUACUGCGUGGAGGAAAACAGAAAAUAUGCUUUUACUCCCGACGACCCCGAGGGUACAGGUCCGCUGGAGGACCUGAUGCCACUGACAGAGCUGCCCGCCGCUCCAGCAUCCCCAGCCCCACCGGCUCUUCCGCCCCAGGGCGGGGC